CGUGCGAAAAUUGCAUAUUACCGCCAAAUUUAUCAAGUUUGGUCGCGUCAAUCACCGAAGAAUAAGACUGAGUGGAAUUUUGCAAGCGAAGAAAAGAAGAAAAAAUCACGAUUCGUAUGCUUACCAGUUCGGAUUGCGAGUAAAAACGAGUUCCCUCUGGAGUGGCGCAGUGGAACUAAAAAGCGCGGGGCGUAAGCAGAGAAGCGGGCUCUGAUUGGUCCAGAGGAAUGUGAUUGGCGAUUGGUCGAAUGGAAUUGUCACAGCUGGAUUAUGUUUGAAAAUUUAUCUCGCCAAAAACUUGGAGAUUAAUGACCUUGCGGGGAAUUCAUUUAGGCCCGUUUAUGGCCAAGUGAGUGCUUUUCGCCGUCGAAAAUGGCUGAUCAGGACUGGAAGCGCCGAGUCGGCGUUGAAAUUAACAUCACCAGCAGCUCGGAAGAUGACGAGACUGACGGGAAAGGAGUUCCGAUCAACAGAAGAAACAAACAACACCACCAGAGCAGACAACUAGCUGCCUUUUCUCCUCCGGAGAAUGAGUCCGAAGAGUUCAGUCUUAGCGGGGAAUAUUACCCCGAGUUAGACAUGGGCCGAACGCCACCGAGGACCAAAAUUCUUCGGAAUCUAAAAGACAAACGCAACCGAGCCCCAGAGUUUGGCGACAGCAGGGCAAGCAGGGCUGGUGGAAGCCGAAGUGGCAGCAAGAAUAGGAGGAAAUCAGUUGCCGAAUGCAGCCCUGCAAAGGACCAUUCAGACCCCCAAGAGAACGAAUUCUCCGAAGGGCGCCAAAGAGUUCGAAAGCGAUCUAUGAAACUGCUGAGGGAGUCGGAGCGUGAAUGGAAAUUGGAUAUGGGGGGACAAUCAAGCUCAAAUGUUUUUAGUAUUGGCAGCGUUAUUAAUGAAGAGAGGGCAGACAGCAUGCCAGCCCCAGCUGUAAAGAUUGAAACAGUCAAUCGUUUUAUGAGUUUGGCCUCGAAAGUGGUAAAAUGUGAUCGAGAGAACAAAAUCAUGGACACUUUUGCUAGGUUGAAUCUGGACAAGCCCAUCUCGAGCGACACGCAGUGUCCGCAGAACCGAAUUGAUUUCCACAACACGUUCUCUCUGCUGAUCAGAAUGGGUAAUCCCGACCGUAAUCAAGACAAAAACAAUUGCCGCCGACAGCUCAGCAAAGAGGAAACCUUAUGGCAAAGCGAGCUCAAGGACAUGAUUUGGCUCGAGCUGCAAGCGUUCUUAGCUGACAAAUCACUACCGGAGCAAGAUAUGUAUCUUUUCGAAGAGAGAAAAAAUGUUGCGAAUCUGUUGGAAGAAAUUGCUAAUUACAAGUUCUGUGCAACUGCCAACCAGAGGGAUAAAGACAGCGUGGACAGUGGUACGGAGCUGGUUGCCGCCGAAUGCAACUGCCUCUCCAUGUUUUGUAAUGUUUGCUGUAGGAACCAAAAUUUGGCCAUUGAGCAGGUUGAAAAUUUGCUUUCGAGACUUGAGGAAGCAGUCGCACUUUAUCCGUCUAGUCGAGUUAUGGCUGCUGAAUACCCCCUCUACAAAUCCAAAGAAUUUACCAACAAAUUAAAGGCACUAUGUUUGUGGUACAACAUGAUUAGACUCCACCGACUAAAAGUUAGCAUUAUUGGUAAAUUACUUAAUCAAAUGAACCAAAGGAGUCAUCGUUCUCGAAGUGGGAACUGGCCACGGUUGGAAGAAGAUAGCGGAGCCUCCGUAUCAACGACCCCUUCCACUGGUAGCGUUGCCUCAGCCGAUCCAUUUAAAAUGCCAGAUGCACCUGAUCUAAAGCCCAAAGAAACAAAGGUCAAAUUCCGUUUACAUGACCUAGAAAUUGAGACAACAACCAGUCCGUCAGACUCGAACAGCUCUAAUGCGUCCACUGGCCUUGGCCUUCCGUUUCACGGCACAGGAAACGAGUCGGCCAUUUCUUCGUCUAGUUCAAGAGGCAGUAUUUCAGGCAUAGACAGGUGCUGCGACACUUCGCAUCUGAAAGACGGGACAGGUCAUGUAGCGCCGUGUGCCAUGUCUCCAUACAGGGCAUACAUUGAGGAAGUGCUGAAGACGCAUGGGCUGAAGAGGGCUAUUGGUUACCUGGAUAGCCUGCACCUCCACUUGCUUAGUAAGGCUAAAAUCACUCUGGACAAAGCCACCAUUCCUUUGGAGGACGCUACAGAAGAAGAGAUGCAAACUGAGGACUGGGAACUGAAACGGUUUGGCUUGUGGAGUCCGGAGGCUCAAAGCAUGUGCUUGCCCUCUUACAAAUCUGCAUUUUUGUUCCUUGCCCGAAUCGCCCUGGACCUAAUUCAUGAGUACCUGAGGCUGCGUUUGGAGCAAAAGCCGUCAGAACCGUCUGCUCUCAGUAUAAGACAGUUGAUGCGCGAAAUGAAAGAUGGACUGCACGAAGGGGUAAAACAGCGGCAACGGUACAUGCACUUAUUGAGGUCGGCAACCUGGACAGAAACACAGGAAGUCACCGACCGACUUGAACAGGACGUGGCAGACUUUGACAGGAGCAUGAAGUGCAUUUUGGAAGUGUACUUGGAGUAUUUGCAGCAGUGGGUUUUGAUUGUCCAGAAGGAAAGUGUAGUAGUCUGUCCAUAUCAGAAAUCUCUGCUAGAGGAGGAGUGGAAGUUUGUGAAACAUACCUGCCCGUUCAUCCCAGGUGGUGAAGCUCUUGCUGCCAAUAGUUUCUGUCGAAUGGCGAGUGGAAUGUUGAGUGCAAUUGUGGACCACCUAAAUGCAGGUGUUGAUGACCUGAGCAGCAUUUUGGAGGAUAGUAAUGUUGAUAAUGACUUGCAAGAUGACCAGAGCAGCGGCGCAGAUGAGGCUUUUGAUCAUAAGCAGUCUAUUCUAUCAGCGUGUAGGAAUAUUCAAAAUAUAUUCCACGAAGCCCGAGAGCGAGCUCUGAGGGCUAUAUCUUUUGCCAAGACAUUGCGCAAGGAUCUGGAAAUUGCUUCGUCUUUCUCACUAAUGGCUCCGUUAAAUGAAUUUUUGCUGCGCUUAUCACAAGCAGACCAUGUGCGUGUUGUCGCCCCUCACUCAUGUAGCCACCUGAUGUUUGUGCCAGCUUCCUUAAAGACCAAGCCAGAGCUAGUGUGUCGCCUUGUCAAUAUGAACCUCACGUCUGCUAGUUGCGGCUCCAAUCUCGACCCAGCAGACAUGCAAAACCCUCACUACUUGGUUUUGGUACAGUGUCUUGAGGAAGAUGUUACCUGGCCUGGAGAAACAAUCAGUAUUCAGCCCACAGCAGAAACAACCAUCACUCUAUCUCAUGUAGAGGUGCACGGCGUUCUCCUUGUUGUUUGCGAUUCAACUCAGCUGUGUAGGCACAGGAGACACUUGGUCAGCGUUUUAGGCAGCACUGUUGCACUAGCGCAAGAAAGUCUCCCCUCAAACUACACCAUUGCUGACUCUCUAGAAGAACUAAAGAUGGAUGCAGUCAACCUGAGGCGGUGUGUGACCACUAGCAUCCAGUCAGUCGAAAAGAGUUGCGACGUUAGGAAUAUGACAGACGUUGAUGAGCAGGACCGUAUGGCUCUGAUCUCCAAAAUUCGCGAAAUUCUUCACCAAUGCUACAAGUUUGGCUUUGAGUAUAACAAAGAAGUCUGCCGCCUCGUAACUGGUGAAGCCAAAAGCAAGCAGGCAAAAGGCAUGGUCGAGUUUGCCAAGCAGUGGAUGAGAUUUGUCCGGGGCUGGUGCGAGCGAGGCCGAGGUUUGCGGCCCCGUUGGGCGAACCAGGGUCUGGAAUUCUUGAUCACUGCCUGCGAGCCUGAAAAGACUAAGUACUUGGCUGAUGAGGAGUUUGAAGAACUGAAGCUGCAGAUUGACGACUGCAUCACGCACGUCAUUGGCUCGGCUUCGGACAAGUCGCCUAGGAACAGUUUGAUCGAGUGCCGGUCUCGAGGAACGUCGCCAUCCCCUCUUGGGAGGAAGCAGUUCCGGUCUUCGCGGUCAAUGCCAGAAAACUCAGGCAUGAACCCUCCGGUCAGGUCAGUUUCGCAGCCAUUCAUUGGCUCAACUUCUGCCCCAGGCACUCCAGAGCUCUUAGAUAGUCCACUACCCAUGCGAAAGAGGAUGGAGUCGGUGCCUAAUGGACUUGACGGGCAUGUUGUUGAGACUCUUCGGAUUCCAUUAAGAAGAUACGCUAAAUGGUCAGACAGAGUGAAGGAUGCGGUCGAGCAGCUUGACAAAAGGCUGGAGGAAAAAUUGCAUGAUCAAGAGCUGAUUGGCAAAAGGACCGAAAUCCAUUCCCCCGACCAAGUGCACAUCAAAGCUCGAGCUGUUACUUUCAGUUGGCAACGAGGAAUAAAAAUCGGCCAAGGUCGUUUCGGGAAAGUGUACACCGCCGUUAACAACGCUACAGGCGAGCUGAUGGCGAUGAAGGAGAUUUCGUUUCAACCCAACGACCACAAGGCCAUCAGGAAAAUUGCAGAGGAGCUGCACAUCUUUGAGGGGAUUCAGCACAAACACCUCAUUCGCUAUUACGGUGUUGAAAUUCACAGAGAGGAGAUGUUAAUUUUCAUGGAGUAUUGCGAGGAAGGCACUCUUGAAAGCUUAGUUGCCGCAACCACUAAUGGCCUGCCAGAGCAACUGGUUCGCAGCUACACCAGGCAGCUUUUGUUGGCUGUUUCCACAUUGCACUUUAAUGGAAUUGUUCACCGAGAUAUUAAAAGCGCAAAUAUUUUCCUGACGGAUGAAGGAAAUUGCUUGAAGUUAGGCGAUUUUGGUUCGGCAGUCAAAAUAAGGGCCAACACCACCAUGCCCGGAGAACUCCAAGGAUUUGUUGGCACUCAAGCUUACAUGGCUCCAGAAGUUUUUAUGAAGACGAACACUGAAGGCCACGGCAGAGCAGCUGAUAUAUGGUCGGUUGGCUGUGUUGUAAUUGAAAUGGCGUCGGGAAAGCGACCUUGGCCAGAGUACGAGAGCAAUUAUCAGAUCAUGUUUAAAGUCGGCAUGGGGGAUACCCCAAAAGUACCCGACUCGCUGAGCAUCGAGGGCCACAGCUUCGUUGAUCUCUGUCUGCAGCACGAUCCGCACAAACGUGCCUCGGCAGACGAGCUUCUCGAACACACUUUCGUCAAGUACGACAUGGAUGACCCUGACCUUGAGGACACUAUCAGCUAUCAAAGUGGCAGCUCAAGCGCCAGUAAAUUUUUCCUCGACCCCCACUUCAGCUCUAGUGGCACAUUAGUAGACAGGGGGGUUUAUAAUUAGCUAUUUUUGGCAUUCUUUAUACUGGAAAGCACUUCAAACUAUCUUGUUCCUACACAUAAUUAUUCUUGUACUUGAGUUUGGUAGUUAAUCGACUCGCAUAAGCUAGUCUGCAACGGUUUACAUGCAAAAAAUAUAUAUUUUUUAAAUUUUAAUUGUUGAGCAAUUGGCAGAUUAUCAUAUCUAUGAAUGCUAAUUUUGUUUUCAAAACUACAUGAUGUCAUGCGGGAAGCAGUUGAAAUUUAGUUUAAUUUUAUAUUUUAGUGUGUACUUAAUUUUAAUCAACAAUUUUGAACAAAGUAGAGAAGAGCCAAAAUAUAGGUACAAAGUCUUUAGAUGCUUUUUUACAUUGCCUUAUAAAGCAAGAUUUCCAUUGCCGAAGUCAAAGUGUACUUUCGUUUAAAAUUGUAAAAGUUGAACUUUAUGUUUCCUAUCAGCUUUUAUGCUAUGAGGUUUA